UUUGCCAUUGCCCGAGACAUGGGUGUCAGCUUGGUCUGGACUCGGAGUCACACCGCUGUAUCGCAUGUGGUGACGCUUUUCAUGUACGAUCGCGCCCUCACCAUCGGACAAGAAGUAGAGCUCUGCUGGGGACGACGGGUAUCGAUCGCAUCUGGGCUAUGCUUGCUGAUGCAGGUAUCUGCUCUCGUUUACCUCUGGAUGUAUACGGCAAUACUUUCAACGACUAGCUGUAAAG